AUGGCGUCCCGGAAACCGGAUUUCCGCCUCUCCAUUCCCGCCAGAGAGCAGCCAGAUGCCGACACCCACCGUCCCUCCGUGUCGAGUCCUCGCAGCCCUCGCUUCCACGAAGAUUUCGAUGCCCCCUUCUCAGAGGCCAUCAUGAACGCCUCGAGGACGACCCUCGCCACCGACUUCAGUGACAGCUACCCCUCGUCGAAUAGUCGCCAUAGCCACGACGCCGACCACAAGCGCCAAGGCCCUGCCACCAACAGCACGCCGCCCAAGGCCCGCCUCCAGUCGCCAUCCCCGCACCAGCUGCGCCGGGAUACCUUGCCUCCGUCCGAGCCCGCCAAGGCAUCCAGCGUCAACGACAGGAUCCGCGACUGGGCCAGGAAAUCAUUCCCCUUCACACGCAAGGGCCCCGAGCAACCAGAUGAAACGGACUCGCCCCGCCAUCAGCGUCGUCAAUCCAAAGCCCCCAGUACCCGCCCGGCCUCGGCGUCACAAAAGGCCGAUGCCGGCACUGCACCAAGCCCUGACUAG